AUUGCCCCCACACUGAUCGUGCAGCUUACGAGUUGCAAGCGAGCGCGCCGUGCGCUCUGGGGCUGGGGCGCGCGAGCCCCGGGCUUCUCUCGCAUCCCGGAGGCCUUCGAGAUGUUCGUCGCGCUGUGCGCGGGGCUGCCGCCGGAGCUGACAGAGAAUGUCCGGGUGGCCAUCUUCGCGCUCCUAGCGUCGCCUGGCGCCGACGUGCGACCGGGAGGGGUUCGCGCGCUACUUGCUCACUGGUUGUCGGCGUCGGCUCAAGACAUUGUCCGGCGCGGAAUGCUCGUCUUCAGGCCCGAUGUCGGCAAGAUGGUGCAGGUGGCCGCCGCCAGGGUCGACAUGCCGAACGUGAUGCUGUCCUUGGUCCAACCCUGCGGGGCCUCGAUCGACGCUCUCAACCGCGCUUUGCUACUUGGAGAGACCAGAGAAAGAGGGCGAUGGCAGAGCGCAAACAAUGUGCUACGUUACAAGAAACGAAGAAGGAUCCUCGAGCGGUGGCAGAUCUCACCCAUAAUGUUCAGAGACUACGCGACGGUGCGUGCAGAGCAUCCACGGGGACAUUCCAACUAUCCAAACACAUUCUUCGAGUUCCCAACCUUGCCGCCAAUUGGGGCGCGGGAGGCAUUUUCUCAGGAAGCGGCAGGUUCGCAGGGGCCGCGAAGUAGUCGGGCGGACGAGCUAUUUCGACUGACGUCAUCCACGGUCCCCAGGAAGACUUGAGUACGAGAUCAGUAUAGACACAGGUGAUCGCUAGACUUCUCUGUUCUGAAUGUAGAGGUGGCCUGAUAGGCUGCCCCGGUGUGAGUUUUUCGAGAGCUAGGCGUGACCCCGCCCUUGAGAACCAACUCGCGUGUUCUUGGUGUCCCGAAUCUCUCUGACUCGGAUCCGGAAAAAGUCCGCGUUGGAAGCUGUUUGGCCGCUUUUUCGCUUCGCGUCUUUACCGUGCGCCGUGAGCUUGGGAAGAUCUGCAUAAUAGAGAGUCCUCCGACUUCGUUGCUUUGGAAGCUCCCCGGCUUCCAGGAAACCGCCGCCCUGUCUAGAAUCGUGACUCGUGAUGCCCAUUUCUGUCAAUGGGGCUCCACGUGGCGGAAGGCCACGCGCUUCAUGAUCUGCAUUGCCCGUGACAUCUCAAGCAAGCUUGAGCGCAAAUUCUCAGGGGCAGGCACCUGCAAUCGGACCGGAUGUGUUCAUCUGAUCCUCGAGGGAAACGCGGCUGAUGGCCGCUUCUGGAUUUUAAUUGCUCAACCGUACCCUCGCCCUCUGCGCUCGUGCCUCAGAUUUUUUUUGUGCCUCGCUAAACAGUGCAAGACUAGCCCCCGGGAGUUUUUUUCUAUGAUUCCAGGUGUGCUAGCGCUUUGCUGUCUCGUAGUUCUGCAAGGCAGUGCGAAACUGGUGCCCCGCGAGUGAACUCCAGGCCUGGCUUCACUACAGAACCUGCUGCUGAGUGAGAAAAGUCAUGGCUGUGCGGGGACUUCGGUGACUUGUGAACGUUUCGGCGAUGUAUCUUUCCAUAGCCGCUCCUCUGCUCCCCAACCCUCCCACCCUUACAGGUGUACUAGCGCCUUGCUGUCUCGUAGUUCUGCAAGGCAGUGCGAAGCUGGUGGCCCGCGAGUGAACUCCAGGCCCCACUUCACUACAGAACCUGCUGCUGAGUGAGAAAAG